CCAUGCUUUCCUUCUCUACCUAAUAAACAAAAUGAAGAAAUGGCACUAAUGGUGAACUUCUUCAGGAGUUUCACCGUUUCGAUCGUUUAGAUAAUUCAUAAGAAAUUUGGUAAUAUAAAAGACAUUUAGUGUGACAAAAUUGCAAGCAAUACUGGUGUUUGUCGACAGGUGAAUGGGACCGACAAAAAUGUACGGAAAGAAUGGUAAGCUGCUGAUGUUUGGAUUGUUUUUGAUAUUUUGUUGUAAGGAAACAUCUUCAAAAUGUAAGCAAUUAACGUCUUGCUCCUGCGUGUUCCCGAACGGAUACGGAUACAGUUUGUCGCCGCUGAAUGACUCAACGUUGGUACACACUUCAAAUUCUAACCUCUUUGCGUUCUACAUGUUAAUCUUCCACAUAAAUGUAACUUUUUUUUUUCUUUUCUUUUCCAGACCUAUAGAGGCAGUCAUAGUUGGUGAUAACCGUGCCAUCCUGUUUCAUCCAUGUACGAACGUGCAAAUGGGAAUUUCUGGCGAAUGUAAAAAAGGGAAAGGUGCCUCUCUGUGCCUUCAACAUGGAAACGAUAGUUCAGUUUUGGGUACAGCAGAGGAGACACACCUAAUGGUUGAGCCAGUGAAUUCCACUGUUUUGUUUGUGGUUCAUCACAACAAUUAUACAACAAAGAUAGCUUUAGAGUGUUGUACUUCCACCCAAUGCCCUACGCUAUUGGUACCUCCUAUUCUAGCAAAUGACAGCAAGGAAUAUGAUUUAAAGCUGAUUUCUCCCUAUUCUUGCAAAAAGCUCCUUAUGCAUAAAGGCCUUUCAACUGGUACCAUACUGCUCAUCUGCUUUUUCUCCUUUAGCGCACUAUAUUUCAUCGGCGGAGCGAUAGCUUUAAAGUUACUGAGAGGGGCAACAGGUUGGGAGAUGGUGCCAGAUCAUAAAUUCUGGCUAGAGGAGCUACCUUCUUACGUUAAAGAUGGAGUCGGUUUUACCUUCAACUGUUGUCACGCGGACAGCUACCAAAAGAUAUAAAUCUACCUAAACUACGAUUAGCAGUUACGCUUACUGUACGAUGUAUAAAUUGGCUAGAUCGAUUAGCUAACAAAACACUCAAAGUUUUACACCGUGAAGCGCCAAACAUAUUUUUUAGGAUGUACACACCUUUUUC